AUGCUCGUGAUUGCCAAAGGGUCGGAUUGGGAGGAGGUCACGCUGAGCGCGGAAAGCGGCGUAGCCCUCGCGCCGAACAAGUUCUGGCGUAUGGGGCUGAGCAUCUCGCCCGAGAAGACCGAGGCAAUAUGGUUUUGCCGUCUGUCCUGGUGGAAGCGGCCCCAGGCACGUGUGCGCGUGGGUAGCGUCGUGUUCGAUUUUCGGGACCGGAUGGAAUAUCUCAGUCUCCUCCUGGAUGGCCACUGGAGGAUCGGCAAGCAUCUCCACGCGCUGGAACCACGCCUGCAAGGGAUGACGGUGGCGCUGUUUAGCCUGCUCCCCAUCCUGAAUGGGCCAGACGGGACGGUGCGCCGCCUCUUGACGGGAGUCGUUCUCUCGGUGGCCCUUUACUUGGCUCCGAUCUGGGCGAACGACCUGGUCGCUGGUCCGCGCAGUCGGACGUUCCUCCGGAGUGUCGCUCACAGGAUGGCGAACGUGAUCGUGCGCGGCUGCCGCACAAUUUCCCACGAAGCGGCGAUGGUCCAAGCUGGUGAUCCGCCGCUCCAACCGCCAGCGGCGAGGGAGGCCCGUAUCUACGGAAUCCUCCACCUGGGCGGCGACGGUGCUCCAGAAGAUGGGGCCGCUUCCUUGAGGCGAACGGUCCGCCUGUCCGUGAAGACUGCAUGGCGAGCUCGGCUGAGGAAUGAGAGCAGCCGUCGGCACCGGCUGGUCGGGAUUGUGCUCCCAGUGCUGGAUGCAUGGGCGCGCAGCGGCAGUCGGCACACUUUCCGUCUGACACAUGUGCUAACCUGGUAA